UGUUUACUUUUAUAAAAAAGUAAGCUUGCAUUUUGCUCCAAAGUGACUUACAAUACAUUUGAAGUCAUUUUAUCAGUCCGUGUUCUCUCUCUGUGAGAAUUGAACCCAUAACCUUUGCACUACUAAUGCAAUAUCCUACCAGUUGAGCUACAGGAACACUGAAAAAAAUGUUAAUUUAUAUAUGUAUAUACAUUCACCUAAAGGAUCAUUAGGAACACCUGUUCAAUUUCUCAUUAAUGCAAUUAUCUAAUCAACCAAUCACAUGGCAGUUGCUUUAAUGCAUUUAGGGGUGUGGUCCUGGUGAAGACAAUCUCCUGAACUCCAAACUGAAUGUCAGUUUACAAAGAAUGGUGUGAAAAGGGGAAAACAUCCAGUAUGCAGCAGUCCUUUGGGUGAAAAUGCCUUGUUGAUGCUAGAGGUCAGAGGAGAAUGGGCCGACUGAUUCAAGCUGAUAGAAGAGCAACUUUGACUGAAAUAACCACUUGUUACAACCGAGGUAUGCAGCAAAGCAUUUGUGAAGCCACAAUACGCACAACCUUGAGGCGGAUGGGCUACAACAGCAGAAGACCCCACCGUGUAUACUCAUCUCCACUACAAAUGGGAAAAAGAGGCUAGAAUUUGACAAGCUCACCAAAAUUGGACAGUUGAAGUCUGAAAAAAUGUUGCCUGGUCUGAUGAGUCUCGAUUUCUGUUGAGACAUUCAGAUGGUAGAGUCAGAAUUUGGCGUAAACAGAAUGAGAACAUGGAUUCAUCAUGCCUUGUUACCACUUUGCAGGCUGGUGGUGGUAGUGUAAUGGUGUGGGGGAUGUUUCCUUGGCACACUUUAGGCCCCUAAUGCCAAUUGGGCAUGGUUUAAAUGCCACGGCCUACCUGAGCAUUGUUUCUGACCAUGUCCAUCCCUUUAUGACCACCAUGUACCUAUCCUCUGAUGGCUACUUCCAGCAGGAUAAUGCACCAUGUCACAAAGCUCAAAUCAUUUCAAAUUGGUUUCUUGAACAUGACAAUGAGUUCACUGCCCUAAAAUGGCUCCCACAGUCACCAGAUCUCAACCUAAUAGAGCAUCUUUGGGAUGUAGUGGAACGGGAGCUUCGUGGCCGGGAUGUGCAUUCCACAAAUCUCCAUGAACUGCAAGAUGCUAUCUUAUCAAUAUGGCCCAACAUUUCUAAAGAAUGCUUUCAGCACCUUGUUGACUUAAUGCCACGUCGAAUUAAGGCAGUUCUGAAGGCGAAAGGGGGUCAAACACGGUAUUAGGCUGAACUCUGGCCCAAAUACCUCAUUGAAAAGAACAAAUGUUUUGGUUUCCUAAAGACGAGGGGACGAUUACGGAUCACCGCUAUUCUUGAGCUAUGAUUGAAAAUUUGAUUGUUAUUCAUUUUGCUUGUUAUCAGAAAUAACCUACUUUGAAAGGAUGUUUGUUUAUGUUGUUACUGCUGAAACCAUAUAUAUGUUUGAGCCAUAUAUACAUAUAGGAUGUUUGAGAUGUGAUUGCCAGUGCUUUAUCGACUUGGCCCAGUUUUGUUGAUAUCUUCAGGACUUUGAUGCUGUGUAGUGUGCGUGUCCUACUUUUUAAGACGUUCAUAUUUUGUGACUAUUGGUGCUUUUUUGACCUUUCUCAUUCUCUUUCAAGCAUUCUCAACACUUCAACGGCUCCAGUGAUGUGACAGUAUUUUGCUUUUGGGUAUGUUGCUGAGGAUUGUAAGUGUAGAACUACAAUGCACCUGGAUGAAAGUGUGUCACCAUGUCCUCAGCCUGUGUUGACAGGUGCUUUUUAAAGACACAUUGACACGUUGUAUUCUCAUAAACAUAUCUAUCACCACCACGCACACAUGCAACAUGAUUAUCUCAAGUUUCUUUCCUCUUUAAACAGGAUCCAGGAUGGAUCAUCAUCUCUAUUGAGGCCUCUCAUGACCUGCUUUUGACAAUUAAUAAUUUUACAAUAGCAAUGUUAUUGUUAUACUUUUUCAUGCAUUCAAGCAACACAUGUGACCCUGUUUGUCUUAUUAUGACAUUUGAACCAUCAAAUCAUUGAUUUCACAUUCAUUUCAAUCUUUGGCAUGGUCAAUAUUAUGGACAUCAUGGUUAUAUUUUCCCAGAAUGGUUUUUACAUUAUGUAGGAUGAUUUUAUGUAGAAAACAGCAACACAUGCAUGGUCCCAUAGUUGCUUUUUGGUGUCCCUUCCUGUUGUGUGCCAUCUGUGUCAAACAGCAUGUGACUCAUGGUAUUUAUCUUUUAUUCAUGUACCAGACCUCAACUGUGCAUUGAAAAUCUAUGUGGCUUUUCUCACACUGCCAGAUGUCCCACUGAGAAGCUAUCCUGAUCUUAUUAUAAAUAAUGAACGUGACAUUCGGCUUGUGUCUUUGACAGGUACACAAACAAAUAGCUGUUUAAAAGUUGGCUUUAUCAUUUAAAGUGAAUCUCUUUGCAUUCUGUCAGAAAGGUCAAGGUUGCGCUAUGAUGACCUACGGUAAUAUUGUGUAAAUCCAUUGGUCUGUGCCAUGCAUGCCAGUCUCCGGCGAUUGUGAUGAUGUCAGAGGGAAUCUGUCUGCGCUCACAGCAUGUGGAGAUUUACAGCAGCACGGGAGUAAACAUGAAUUCGGAUCACGACAGGACGACAAAAAUAAACAGCAACAGCUGGAAAACCAGUGAGUGAUGAGCGCUUUCAUAAGAGGACUGAUGAAAGGCGCAUGUUAAUCAUCACUGGCAUCACCAUGGCAAUGGAGACAGAAUAUGAAUUCAGACGGUACAUCGACUGAACCGCCAGACAACAGAAAAAAAGGCAAGUGUGAUAACAUUUCCCAACAAGUCAAGCUCUUUCUCUGACAUCCACAUCCUUGUGAUGUGCUUCAGCCAAUAUCGGACGUAUAUGGAUCAUGAUGAAGAUCUGUACAUCUUAUAUUAAAGAACCAAAAAUCGUUUCUCCACAGAUCGUGAGUUAAACCGAUCGAGCUGUCACACCCCCCUCUCUCUCCUGUCUCCAUUCCUCCUAGCUUUCCCAGUCUCUGGUUCACUCAUUUCUGUUUACCUCUCUGCUAAUCUCCCUCCCUCUCUUUUCCACGUACUCUUGAUCGCUGUAUCUCCUCCCCUUUCAUGCUCAGAGCCAGCGGGCUGCCACACGACCCACACUGCCUGCUACAUGAUCUCCUGGAAAACAGAGCUCUGUGUCUUUGUGGCCGCUUGCCGAUGCUUUUCAGAUUGCCAUCUAGAAGACACGAAAAAAUGCCUUCGUGUCAACCUUGAUCUCCAGAUGCUCCUUUCUUAGUAUCUCACCCCCUGACCCUUUACCCCAUCACCCCUCCUCUACCCUUCUCCCCUUAAUUCCCCAUCCAUCUCUCACCCUCUUGACAAUGUUCUCAUGUGUCUACUGGCUUCAGUCUUUCCUCGCCUUGCUGUCCUCUACCUUGUUAACUUGGGGGUACAACUGUCCGCCCAGCUGCUUGUGUCCAGACCAUCAUACCGUGGACUGUACAGGUCAAGGACUCACACGUCUUCCAGACUCUAUUCCUUUGGACGUAAGGAGACUGCUUCUGUCGAAUAACUGGAUUUCUUGGAUCCCCUCUGAUUUUCUGGUUUUAUACAGCGAUCUGGUCUAUCUUGAUCUGAGGAAUAACUCCCUCACCAAAUUGGAACCUGGGACUCUGACCAUAUCAUCCAGGUUGGUUUAUGUGGACCUGGGGAGUAACAACUUGACUGAGAUCCUUACCGGGACUUUCGGGGAGUCCCGAAGCCUGAUUAAACUGCGUUUGGGUAACAAUCCAUAUUUGAACAUGGUCAGCAAAGACGCCUUCUCGGGCCUCACCUCCUUACGAGAGUUGGAGCUUGAAAGAAAUGCCCUAUCUGGACUGGAUGUUGGGGUGCUGAGCCAGUUGCCCUCCUUGCGGGUGAUACGUUUGGAGGGGAACCCGUGGGUGUGCAACUGCAAUUUUGCCAAACUCUUUCUGUGGCUGUUGGAGAAUCAUCACAAGCUCCCAACCGGUUUGGAUGGUAUGGAAUGCUCCCUUCCUGUGGAUGGGCGGCAGGUGUCGUUGGGCGUGCUUUCUGAGGACAGUUUCCGGGAAUGCCAGGGAAUACUGACUCUAACUGAUUAUCUCAUAGUGAUUUUUUCUGGAAUUUGUAUUUCGGUGGUCGCCAUUAUUGCCAGUUUUUUUCUGGCUUCCACCAUCCACUGUUUCCAGCGACUCAAAGCCAAAAGGACAGAUGAAGAGGAGGGAGAGGAGUGAGGAAUCUUACUGGACAGAAUGGAAGUCAAAACCCCUACGCACAUAUUACCCACAAUGCACCACACAGUGGAAGCCAAGGGAUUGGAUAAAGUGGUGAACCACAUCAUUUCCAUGAUAAAGAGCUCUACUUUAGGCCAGUCUGCAAGGUGAUGGGCCUGCAUCUCGCCAUUCAAGACUGUGAUGCUUCAGUGAUGCAUUAUAUUUUCUACUACUUGAAUACCAAUGAUUAAAUUGAGCCUUAAGACUAAAACUGUUAAAUGCAGUUUAUUAAAAUACUGUUUAUUCCCCUGAAAGUAGUCAAGACAUGAGAUUGCAGUGUUAACAAAUCAAUGGUCUUUCAAUGUGCAAGUGAAUCAGUAUUUUCUACAUGAGUUAUUUUUUCGUAUUAUGUAAGUGAAUCUUGCUCUUAUAAGGCUUAGCUACUUGCACUUUAAAGUACAAAUGACAUUUUGCACACAAUCCCAGUAAGCCACAAUGUAGACAAUUUUUCAUAAAGCAUGAUGGCAUUGUCACCAAUGAAUUAACAUAAAUUGAGCAGCGGCGGCUGGUGACUUCUUUUUUCGAGUAUGUAGCCGUCAUGUGUGUGGUUCGUAAUUUCAAAAUAUGUGUUCUGCGCGUCGAGUGAACCUAUGUGCAUCACGUGUCUUGUCAAAAUAAGUGCCUGCUGCAGACGCGUCUAAAGGGUUUAUGAUAAAAGAGACACGUUUGCCAGAUACUCCCAUAAUCUCACGCGUAAGCAGAGUUUACUGUUAAGUGAGUGUCUUGCGUGUAUUUUGUGAACGUGAGUGUCUCUUUAUCACAAACGGUUUUGACGCGUGUGCAGCAAGGCACUUAUUUGGACAAAACACGUGAUGCACAUGGUUCACAUGACGCAACAAACACAUAUUUUGAAAACACAAGCAACACACAUGACACUCCCAACACAUAUUUUGAAUUUGCGCCCCUCGGAUGAGCAGUCACGAGCCGCCACUGAAAAUGAGCACAUAUUGUGACAAAGAAUUUUGAUGAGAUGGAUUCAAAACGUCUUGCAAUAAGAAUUUGGUCAAGAUGUGAAAUAACUUUUGAUGUUUUUAAUGAAUUACAAUGAUAAUUUAGUUAUAAUCAUAAAUCCUACAGGGCAAUAGGACAGUUGCUCAACUCAUAUUAAUUAAGUUAUUUAAAAAAAACACUGAAUUAAAAGGGAAUUGUUUGACCUUCA